GGGGGGGGGAGCGAGCACCGCAGGAGGCGUGAGAGUGACAGCGAAGCAAGAUGGCGGCGGAGCCCGUCGUGUCGGUUUCUCCUCCAGCUGAGCGAUGCGCUUAUUUCGUCGAGCGGAAGAGACGCUUCUGCAAGAUGGUCCCGGCCCAGGGAAGGCGCUUUUGUGGGGAGCAUGGCGACCAGGAGGAAGAAGAUGGCAGGAAAAGAAUUCCCUGCCCUUUGGAUCCAAAACAUACAGUAUAUGAAGAUCAGCUACAAAAACACUUGAAAAAAUGUAAUUCAAGAGAGAAGCCAAAGCCUGUCUACUUUGUUCAAGAUAUUAAUGCAGGAUUGAAAGAUGCCACAGAAUUGACUGAAGAACGGGAGGUACCAAUUUCUGCUCUGUCUAAAGAAAAGUUAGACGACUUAACUGGAAAACUAAGAAGAGCAAGUGACAGUAUAAAGUCUGUACUUAAGGACCAAAUUCUUUCUCAUCAUGCCUUAGAAAAGGCCCUAAAUGAUCCAAAAAAUGGAGAUGCUGCUGUUAAGCAUUUGAAGCAACAGGCUUCUAUUUUAGGUAACAUGGACAGACUUCAUUUGCUUGGACCAGGGAGAUGUUUUGUUGAAUUUGGAGCUGGACGAGGAAAGCUGUCCCACUGGGUUGAUAUAGCCUUGCAAGAUGCUAAAGAUGUUCAUUUUCUUCUUGUUGAAAGGGCAACCACCAGAUUCAAGGUAGAUGGCAAGCACAGAAAAAAUGGAUUUGAAAGACUUCAAGUUGAUAUCCAGCACUUAUGUUUAAAUAAAGUACCUGUUCUUGUGAAAGAGAAGCUACCAGUGAUAGGAAUUGGCAAGCAUGUCUGUGGUGCUGCAACAGAUCUUGCUUUGAGAUGUUUAGUUGAAACCUAUGCAGAACUCUCUGAUAAAAAGGAAGGUCCUGCACCUAAACGCUUCAAGAGUGAUGGAACCCAUGUAGCUUCUCAUUAUCCUCCUGAUGAAACAUGUGGCAAGUCAGUAACUGAGAACUGGAGCCCCGUGGCUGGAAUUGUGGUUGCACUAUGUUGCCAUCACAAGUGUAACUGGAAGCAUUAUGUAGGCCAAGAGUUCUUCACCUCAGCAGGACUUGGGGCAGUGGAAUUUAAUUAUUUUAAAAGAAUGACAAGCUGGGCCACUUGUGGCAUGAGAGAAACUGCAACAAAAACCUCUACAACUUCCAUGAAGAAUGAAGAACAAAGCAGUGAGGCAGAAGAACUUGAGCAAGAGUACAGAAGUGUAGAGAGCAGUUUAGAUAGUCUGCAACGGCUGCUAACCAGUGAGGAACGAAAGCAGAUAGGUCGCCUUUGUAAACUGCUGAUUGAUCAUGGCCGGAUUGAAUAUUUACAACAGAGAGGGUAUAAAGCUGUAUUGCAGCACUAUACAGAUCUCAAUGUGUCCUUAGAAAAUGUGCUUUUGACAGCUGUACCAUGUCAGUCUUCAUUAUGCCCCUCAACUGCAUAAAAGAGGAUGUUAUAGUGGCUGGACAUAUGCUCUGCAGAAACUUUCCAAAUUUCUGUUAUGCUUACCACAUAGGUAUUGGUUUUUGCAGUCUUCUCUGGAACAAGAAGGAAACACCAAUUCAUUCCUCCACAAUAAGAAAAGAUUACAUCAUCUUUGCCAGUGAAAAUGGGUGCUGUUCAGUCUAGUAACUCCGUUAAUAAUUGCUUUCCAGUAAUAAUAAAAACCAGCCUGGCAGGGGUUUUUUCUUACUUGUUGAUGGCAGUAUCAGCAGCUAGAAUAUCAUUUUCCAUAUUUUCUGAAAGAGAAGAAGUUUAAAUGGAAGAAAUCCACUUGCCAAGAGACUUGUUUUAUAUACUGUCAAAUUAUUAGUAUUCUUGAUCAAUUUGUUCAGUUAUACCAGUUAAGAUGAGUUUAACCCCCUUUAACUGCUUUUGAACUCUUGUUUUUGUAGAAGAAUAAAACACUUAGGCUAA